AUGCGAACUCUGGUUAGAGUUUUGAAUUUGAAGCAAAUGUCUUAUCUAAAGGCAUAUGACAUUCAAAUAUCUGUAAUGAAUGACAUAAAGAAUUCACUGAAGUGUGGAUCAAGUGAAGUGAACAACACAUUGAUAUUAGUUGAACACAAACCGGUCUACACAAUAGGUGUGCGAAGUAAACCAUACGAAGACUUACAUCUGGAGAAGCGGUUGAAGGGUUUGGGGGCAGAGUUUGUCCGCACAAAUAGAGGCGGUUUAAUCACAUUUCACGGGUCCGGACAACUGGUCGUAUACCCCGUCCUAUACUUGGGAUCAUUUGAUACUUUAAACAGAAGCAUCAGAUGUUAUGUGCGAUCACUGGAGACAACUCUCAUUCAUUUGUGCCAUUCGUUUGGUGUGAAGACAUCAGUGGUCGAGGGGUUGCCCGGGGUUUGGGUGGACAACGACCGCAAGAUAGCGGCAAUUGGUAUCCAUUGUAGUAAUUCUGUGACCACUCAUGGAUUGGCCCUCAACUGUAACGUUCACCUCAAGUGGUUUGAAGAGGUGGUGCCGUGCGGUCUGUCCGACAAAACGGUUACUUCACUCUCACGUGAACUCAAGCGCGAUGUGUCUGUCGAGGAAGUGAUCCCUCGUUUCUUAGACUCAUUUCAAUCCAACUUUAAGUGUGAUUUCAAGUGA